AUGAGUAGUAGUCAAUGCAAAUUGUUUAUUUAUGAAGAAAUCAUAAUCAAUGUACUGAAUCGCCUGCCUUUGAAAUCACUAGCAAGGUUUAAAUGCGUAUCAAAGAACUGGCGGAAGUACAUUGCUGAAAUUUACCGUUGUCGUCUCCAAUGGCCCAAGCCCUUCCUAAUUGGUUUCUUUUUUGUAGAGAAACGUUUGCAAAGUCAUUUCUUCUUCUCAUACAAGGAAUCACCAUUGUUAAUUGGUACUAGUUUGGAUGAGUCUGUCAAUUUUAUCGGUGACAGAGUGUAUGUUGUUGCUUCUUCUAAUGGGUUUUUACUCUGCAACAAGCUUAGAAGUAGACAAAGGAUUUAUUAUGUUUAUAAUCCUGCAACAAAGCAUCGUUUUGAACUCCCUAAAACCCCAAUCUCUAUGAAGGAUCCAUACGUUGGAUUUAUAGUAAAGGAGACAGAUGAGUCUGUAUCAUUUACUAUAGUUCGUUAUGUAGUAACUACUCCAGUAAGUAGGAAUAACUUCAGGUUCCAGUAUAGUUUAACAAUUGAAAGUUUCUCUUCAGAGACUAAUGAGUGGACUGCUAAUUCAGUAAUUGAGGAUGUACCUUUUGCAUUGUACCCUUCUAGGGAUGAGAUUUCGUCAUCCUCAGCUGGUGUAGUUAAUGGAGUAUUCUUUUGGCUAGAUAAUUAUGGACAAUGGAUGACUGUUUAUGAUAGUGUAAAAAAGUGUUUUUGGGCUUUGGAAUUGCCUGAACGGAGGACGGUGAUCUAUCCCGGUUAUUGUUGUCUUGGAUUAUCAGGCGGGGAACUCUGUUUUGCAUCGACUGGUUGGACAACCAUCACUUGUUGGCAACUCAACAGUUUUCCUAGUCGAGAUUCCAUAUGGGUUAGGACCUUUGCAGUAAAUGUUCCUUCUGUAGUUCAGAAAUGUCAAGAGGAUUUUGGACUUGGAGGAGGCAGUUCUAUUGAUAGGGAGGUUAGGAACAUAGUUUUUCACCCUGCUCUCCCGCACAUCUUGUAUUUGCAAAUAAGAAGCAUGGUUAUUUCUUAUGACUUGAUAACAAAUAAUGCUGAACUUGUGUAUGAUUUUGGAGAAGCUUGGCGGAAGACAAAACACUACAAAUUGUUUUCCUAUGAGUGGCCUCAAUGGCCACGUCUCCAGUAG